ACAUGUUGACGUUUCUUUAGUGUUUUCCACCUGAAAACGACCGAAUUUUCGCACGGGAAAAACGGUGUUCGAUUCGGAAAAGUCACGAGAUUCAUCUGUGCAAAUUUCGUGGAAAUUCGAGCGCGAGAAAACCUCCAAAAACGAUGCUCAACACCGGAAUAUUUUAACAUGCAGUACAGUAUCUGUGUAUGUAGGCGAUGCGGCGUUGCCGGAUCGACGCUCGGGCGGCGUUGCCACGUACGGGACAGAUUUUUAACGCUGAGUGCUCCGGAGCGAUCCGCUGGUGACAGUUGAAUGCGCAAGACUGAGAGACGAAAUGAACAAAAUGAGGAAAAUACUGGUCAAGGAUAUGAACGAUGUGCUCGUCUGUACUCUAUGUAACGGGUAUUUGAUCGACGCGACGACGCUUACCGAAUGUCACCAUGUUUUCUGUCGCGGGUGCAUUUUACGCCAUUUUGAGAACUGCAAAACGGCCUGUCCGUCGUGUAAUCUCGUCUACAAGAAGAAAAACCAAGUUUUUUUCAAGGCCGAUCCCCAAAUUCAAUCCAUUGUGUAUAAAGUGGUACCAGGGUUGUACUCGAAGGAAAUGCAACGAAGGGAGGAUUUUUAUAGGAGUACUGGAGUCAGGGCGAGUAGUUCCUGCAGCGAUGACAGUGUCCUUGAACGUGAACGCGACCUGAUAAUAAAUGAUGAGGAUUCAAUGGUGUCGAGCUAUACCGGCAGUAAAACUCAAUUUUUCGGCCCCGAAGACUCCAUUUCUUUGUCGUUAGAGUACUACCAGAUCCAUUUGGACAAGACUCCUGUUGAUGGGACCAAACCCAAGUCGGACAAAAGUGUCAGUGUUUUAAAUAAUAAUAAUAGUGAUACUGUCAGUGAUAAACACAAAUUGAACGGUACUAAAAAUGGUGAAAAAGAGUGCAAAAACGGUGAUAAGAGAUAUCUGCAAUGUCCGGCGGCUGUUUCGAUGAAACACUUGCAAAAGUUUAUUCGGAUGAAGUUUGCCCUGAGUCAGAAUCAUAAGGUUGAUAUUAUCUACGAGGGGGAGGUUUUACACUCGAAUUUCACCCUCAUGGAUGUCGCUUACACCUUUAAGUGGAAACGGUUAAAACCGUUGCGUUUCUUCUAUCGUAUCUUCACUCCGUUGAAAAUUCAACCAAUUAAAAUCGUCAAUUCGGGCAAACAACUCCAAAUUGUCAAAAAUGGCGAACCGGUGAUCCCCAAACCCGAACCGGAAGAAAGUGAAGAAAAGGAACGACUUUUGGCCAAUCUUCAAUUGCAGAGCAAGACCAAAGUACAAAACGAGAAUAACGUACCUGAAAAAGUGGCACAAGACUGCGUUUUUGAUUAUGAAGAACAAGACAAGGAAGAAAUUAAGAGGUUUGCUGAGAUUAGGGACCGGGAGUGGGCGCUCCAGAAGAAACUUGAUGAAAGUCGGGAGAAAGAAAGGGAUGAAGAUUACCACCAUUUCAGUAAGAAACGGAAGAAGAGCAAACAUUCGAAGAAUGACUGUGUUUACAAGAAGAGGAAGCUACAUGCUGAGAUUACAAAUGAAGAAGAGUUGAAGUUGAAGGUUAAGUUGACUCCACACAACGGUCACAAGCACAAACACCACAAAAGUGAGAUGAGUAGUAAAGAGAAAUUGCUUCAGAUGAGGCAAGUCAGGCAUAAACAUGUCUCGAGUGAAGAUAAGAACAUCCAGACUGUGUCAAGUGGUACCGUUUCCAAGGAAACAAGCACUGAAGCUGCUGUUGAGAAGAAGCAAGAAACUGAAAAAGGCCCAAAACCGGAAGAAAUCAACGGAGAGAAAAAAGAAGAAACGAAGAAACCAAUACCAGAUCUAGCCCCUAAGACCCUCCGUAGUGAUUUUCCCGUUAAAACCACACUAAAUAAAGAGUGGGGACACAGAGUACCAACUGUACAAAUCGAAAGAAACGAACAAACCGAACAGCAAGCCAAAAAGACUUUCCUCAAAUCGUACCAAGCCUACGCCGAAAAGUACCAAAAAACGAUCGAAAAAACACAAAGUGCCAAUCGACCCUCAACUUUGGAACGAAAAAUCGCCAAUUUACAACAAAGAUGUACCAUUGAGGCCAAACCCUCUGAAAAAACCCCUCAAUACCCUCCAGGUUUCACCGUGAGCAAAAUCGAGAGUGGAGUAAAGGAGGAAAAACGGGAGGAGAAACGCCCAAGUCUCGAAAUCACUCUAAUUAAUCCUCCCGAAGUCAAACCUCCAACCCCCAAACGACCACCUCCAGCCACCAUCCCUCUCGAUAGGAUUAAAAAAUCCCUUAUUUUUAAAUCUGGGAUUAGCAUAAUUCCGAAGGACAACAUCGGGGCUUUGGACCUUUCGUCGAAACCUCCAAGUAAGGAGGGGGACCCCCCUAAUGGAUUUACACCUCCCAAAGACAACAAAAACGUCAUGUCUAACCUCCAAAUGUUAUCAAAAGUGGCGACUGAACACCCCAGUCUCAACAAACCUAAACCUAGGCCUCAACUUCCCAACCUCCAAACCCUCAAAAUCCCAUCACCGAACCAGAGGAUUCCUCCAAACCUCAAAUUGAUAAAUAAGGGCCAGUUCCGGAUGAUGAAUCCUCAAAUCCGGAAUUUGAGGCCGAAUCAGAAUCAGUCGAUCCGGAAUAUUCCGAAUCCGAGUCUUUUGGUACGUCAGCAGCAAAAUCGACUCAAUUCGAUGAAUCCUUCGCCGAUCCGGGAGAAUAACAACGGGGAGAAGGAAAAGAAAGUGGAGCCGGAAACGAAACCGGAAGUUCCGGUUUAAGGACCGGACGUACUGAUGGUCCCAGUGAGUUAUGUUCCUAAUUUAAGACUUUUGUUAUGGUUUUGUUGUGUUGUGAUUGUUUCAUGUUGCACUUUUUUAAAUUCGUCACUUUGUUUCGAUGUUAUCGAUGUAUGAGGUCGCUCAGACUGUACUUAUUCAUUAUUAUAUAAAUAUGUAUAUCAUGGUAGAUAUGUUUAAGUAGGUUUUAGGAUAUGUGUAAUGUAUAGAACACGCUGUAUAUAUACUGAAAUAUUUGAUUAAAUGAA